UCCAUCCAUCCAUGGCGGGGACGCAGCUGCUCAGACUGCAGGUCAACGAGCGACUGGCUGCGGCUGCCGAGGAGAUCUUUGGACUUGUUGAAAAGACGAUAGCAGAGUAUCAGGAUGAAGUUGUCCGCUCCAGGACAGAAAUCAUCCAGCUGAGAAAGCAGCUCGAGCAGCUGACCGUUUUAAAGCCGGAGGUGAUGCUGUUCAGAGCAGACAUCCAGUCGGUCUCUGAGGAGAUUUUGCCUCCCCAUCAGCCAGACCAGCUUCCCACUGUGGAGAAAAAUAAGAGCCUUGACUCUCAGCAGGUCAAAGAGGAGCAGGAGGAUCUCUUCAUCACCCCUCACCUGGAGGAUGACUCUUCGGAGGAUGAAAAAUUCAAACUCACAGAAACAGAAACAACAACUCAGACAGACUAUCAGCUGUUCCCGACUAUCAGCACUAUAACCGUGACACUGAAUGAAGACGAUGAAUGGAAUGAUUUAGAUGACUCAUCCUCUUGCGGCCCGAGUCACAGCGACACUGCUUUAACGCAGCAGGAACAAGCCCAGAGGGAAGAAAAGGCUUGCCGUGUCUGCGGCAAGAAGUUUUACAGGGACUCUGACCUGAUGAGACACAUGGAUGAGAUCCACACGGGAGAGAAGCCCUUUAAAUGCCCCGAAUGUGAUAAGGAGUUUUCUCGUAGGGACCACAUGGCCGUUCAUUUAAGGAUUCACACAGGCGAAAAACCACACAAGUGUCCUUUCUGUACGAAAUCCUUUUCUCAGAGUUCAAAUCUCAACGUUCACUUGAGGAAGCACACGGGGGAGAAGCCUUAUUUUUGCGAAACGUGCGGCAAAAUGGUCGCCCAUAGCUAUCAUCUGAAAAUGUGUAGUAUGAUGAAGAACAACGGGGAAAGGUCAUACGGCUGUUUGGUUUGUGGUAAAAAAUUUCACACAGCUUCAAAUCUGCUGAUCCAUAAGAAGGUCCACGAUGCCAGGAAACCCUACGUGAAUUGACAUUUGUCCGACGUCAUUUAUUUGUUGUUCAUUAGUUACAUCUCUGAACAAAUCUAAACUGUAGAUUUUGUUUGAGAGUAAGUUCACAAUGUACAAAAGCCAGUAUCCAAAUAAAAGCAAUUACAACUCAGUAAGUUCAUAAUGACAAUA